CUUCCUUUCCCAGCACUUAAAAAGAAGGGUGCAAUCAAAACACUGAAAAAACAACAGCAACAAGAAGGACCCUUUUGGUGUGAGAGAGAAACAAUUAAAAUGAUCAUAUGAGAGAAAGAUUAAAGCAUGCUUUGUCGGCCAUUAAAGCUUCAACCAAAAAAGACCCUUCACACUCAUCAUUCAUUCCCUUUCACCACACCCCGCAACUUGCAGAUAGAAAGCCACUCCACGCACAUGAAUAUUCAUUUUCUGAUUCAUUGAACUUUGAGUAUUCUUUCUGAAUGUUUAUUAGACCCUGAAAAAAAGGGGGUUUGGAUUUUUGUGUUCAAAUUCUUGGCUUUUCAUGUUUUAGAUCGAAGAUCCCCACUUUUCACGCCAAAAGGUGAGGUGGGUAUAUUCUAUUUUUGGCUAAAGUUUCAUUAACUCCAUGAUUCUUCUCAAUUUUCCUUCACAAGGAAUUAUUGAUCCCAUGGGGUGGACUUGCUGCUUUUGUUAUUAUCUCUUUUUUGAUGAGUGAUGGUGGGCUUUGAAAGGUGCUGAAUAUUAAGAUGUCUGGGAAUAUCAAGGAGGGGAGAGCUUUCGCAAAAGGGUAUUCUGUUAUUUUACUACUAUUGACUUUUCUUCUUUGUAGCAUAGAGGGGUUGAACACUGAGGGGAAAAUCCUCCUAGAGCUUAAGAAUGGUCUUCAAGAUAAAUUUAAUCUUUUGGGAAAUUGGAAGUCUACAGAUGAAACCCCAUGUGGAUGGAUAGGUAUAAAUUGCACUUUUGAAUAUAGUGAUAAUAAUCAAAAUAAUCCGGUGGUCAUGUCUCUUAAUUUGAGUUCAAUGGGUCUUUCUGGAGCUCUAAAUACUAGCAUUGGGGGUCUGUCCCAUCUAACUUAUCUCAAUCUUGCUUACAAUGAUCUGACUGGUAAUAUCCCUAAAGAGAUUGCUGAGUGCUUGAGUUUGGAAUAUCUUUAUUUGAACAAUAAUCAAUUAGAGGGACCAAUUCCUGCUGAAUUGGGUAAGCUGUCUGUUUUGAGAAAUUUGAAUAUUUGCAACAACAAACUUUCUGGUGUUCUUCCAGAUGAGUUUGGAAACUUGUCUUCAUUGGUGGAGUUAGUGGCCUAUAGCAACUUUCUCGUUGGGCCCCUGCCUAAUUCCAUUGGAAAUCUUAAGAAUCUUGAAACUUUCAGAGCUGGGGCAAAUAACAUUACUGGUAGCUUGCCAAAGGAAAUUUGGGGAUGUAAGAGCUUGGUAUACCUUGGCCUUGCCCAAAAUCAGAUAGGAGGGGAGCUGCCAAGCGAGAUUGGGAUGCUUGACAGCUUAAAAGAACUGAUUUUAUGGGAAAACCAGUUAUCUGGGCUUAUUCCUAAAGAGGUUGCGAAUUGUAGCAGUCUUGAGACCCUUGCUUUAUAUGGGAAUGAUCUUGUUGGACCUAUACCUCGGGGGAUUGGGAACCUCAAAUCAUUGAAGAAGUUGUAUCUUUACAGAAAUAAGUUGAAUGGAACCAUUCCAAGGGAAAUUGGAAAUCUUUCUUCAGGUUUACAAAUUGAUUUCUCAGAGAACUCUUUAGUAGGUGAUGUUCCUUCCGAGUUGAGCAAAAUAAGUGGUCUAAGUUUGCUCUUUCUCUUUGAGAACCAGCUAACUGGUGUUAUACCAAAUGAGUUUAGUAGCUUGAAAAACCUCACAAAGCUGGACCUGUCAAUGAAUCAUCUUACAGGUCCAAUUCCAAUUGGCUUCCAAUAUUUGACUCAAAUGUAUCAGUUGCAACUUUUUGAUAACUCCUUAAGUGGUAUUAUUCCUCAGGGACUUGGACUUCAUAGUCCUCUUUGGGUGGUUGAUUUUUCUGACAACAACUUGACAGGAGGCAUACCUCCUCAUCUAUGCUUGAAUUCUCGCUUGAUGUUGUUGAAUCUGGCAGCUAAUCAGCUUUAUGGAAAUAUACCUUCAGGGAUAUUGAAAUGUGAAUCAUUGGCACAGUUGCUGUUGGUUGGAAACAGGCUUACUGGUGGCUUCCCUUCAGAAUUGUGUAAACUGGUGAACUUUACUGCCAUUGAGUUGAAUGAGAACAGGUUCAGUGGUCCAAUUCCUACUGAGAUUGGGAACUGCCACAAUUUGCAAAGGCUUCAUAUUGCAAACAAUUACUUCACAUUGGAGUUUCCUAAGGAAAUAGGAAAUCUUUCUCAAUUGGUCACCUUUAAUGUUUCAUCAAAUCUUUUCACUGGAAGAAUCCCACCUGAAAUUUUUUGGUGCAAAAGUCUCCAGCGGCUUGAUCUCAGUCAGAAUAGCUUUACUGGUUCCUUGCCAAAUGAGCUUGGGACACUUCAGCAUUUGGAGAUUCUCAAGCUCUCAGACAAUAAACUGUCUGGAUAUAUUCCUGCAGCAUUAGGUAAUCUGUCUCAUUUGAACUGGUUGCAGAUGGAUGGCAAUAUGUUUUUUGGUGAAAUACCUCCUCAGUUGGGUUCUCUUUCAAGCUUACAGAUUGCAAUGGAUCUCAGUUAUAAUAAUCUUUCUGGAAGAAUACCAUCUCAGCUUGGCAAUCUCAAUAUGCUUGAAUAUCUCCUUCUCAAUAACAAUCAUUUGGAUGGCGAAAUUCCCAGCACAUUUGACGAUCUUUCAAGCUUGCUCGGGUGUAAUUUCUCAUAUAAUAACCUCUCUGGACCUUUACCUUCCACUAAAAUUUUCCAAAAUAUGGCUGUAAGCAGCUUUAUUGGUGGUAACAAAGGCCUCUGUGGUGCACCUCUCAGUGACUGCAACACCAAUCCAGCUUCCCACACUCUUCCUCCCGUGAAAAGUGUUGAUUCUACACGUGGUAAAAUUGUAAUGAUAACUGCAGCUGCUGUUGGUGGUGUUUCUCUCAUUUUAAUUUUAGUUAUUUUAUAUAUUAUGAGACGUCCUAGGGAGUCUGUAGAUUCCUUUCGAGACACUGAGACUCCCUCCCCAGAUUCAGAUAUAUAUUUUCCUCCAAAGGAAGGUUACACAUUCCAAGAUCUAGUUGAAGCUACAAAAAGAUUUCAUGAAAGUUAUGUUAUUGGUAGGGGAGCAUGUGGAACAGUUUAUAAGGCAGUCAUGAAAUCUGGUAAGACUAUUGCUGUUAAGAAGUUAGCAUCUAACAGGGAGGGGAACAACAUUGACAAUAGUUUCAGGGCUGAAGUAUUGACUCUUGGAAGGAUAAGGCAUCGAAAUAUAGUGAAGUUGUAUGGGUUUUGCUAUCACCAGGGUUCCAAUCUCCUACUUUAUGAGUACAUGGAAAGGGGUAGCUUAGGUGAACUACUGCAUGGUUCUGCAACUAAUUUGGAAUGGCCAAUUCGGUUCAUGAUUGCUCUUGGAGCUGCUGAGGGUCUUGCCUACUUGCAUCAUGACUGCAAACCAAAGAUUAUUCACCGUGAUAUAAAAUCUAAUAACAUUCUCCUUGAUGAAAAUUUUGAGGCCCAUGUUGGUGAUUUCGGUUUGGCAAAAGUGAUUGACAUGCCCCAGUCAAAAUCAAUGUCUGCAGUUGCUGGAUCUUAUGGAUAUAUUGCUCCUGAAUAUGCAUAUACCAUGAAGGUCACAGAAAAGUGUGACAUAUAUAGUUAUGGUGUUGUGCUUUUGGAAUUGCUAACGGGAAAGUCUCCAGUUCAGCCGUUGGAGCAAGGAGGUGACCUUGUCACAUGGGUGAGAAACCAUAUUCGAAACCAUAAUAAUACAUUGACAUCAGAGAUACUUGACAAUCGUGUGGAUCUUCAAGACCAAACCACUAUGAAUCACAUGCUCACUGUUUUGAAACUUGCUUUACUGUGCACAAGUGUGUCUCCUUCUAAGAGGCCAUCAAUGCGGGAAGUUGUUUUGAUGCUUAUUGAUUCGAAUGAGAGAGAAGGAAACUUAACACUGACUCAAACCUCACAAUGAUCUUCCUUCCAAAGAUGACACAUGAAAGUAUGCAACUUCUCUUUGGGAUUUUGUUAACAGAUAUGAUUUUUUUUCUGUUUAUUUUUCCAAGUAUUAUUUUCCACAAGAGAAAGUAGAAGAUGAUUCUUGUACAUUUUCACUCCAUUAUGCCACUAGACUUGACUGUUUUACUUUAUACUAGUGUAUGUUAUUUAUUUCACGUCUCUGUAUUUUCUUUUGGAAUUCAGUAUUGUAACUUUAUUGUACAGUUGGCUAUUGACAUUGUGUAUCAUGGAGGUUAUGCUUGUUGUAGAGAAGGAUAAUAUAUAAGUUGUUCAUAUAA